AUGCGUCAGUUCCAAAUAAUAUCCGAUCUCUAUCUCGAGACACCAAAAAGCUACGACGUCUUCGAAGUCACACCAAGCGCACCAUAUCUCGCCCUCAUUGGUGACAUUGGAAACGCAAAGGACCCAGAAUUCUUCGAUUUCAUCACCAAACAACUUUCACUCUUCAAAAUCGUAUUUCUGCUCCUGGGAAUCAUGAGCCUUACCAUAGUAGUUGGACAGCAGUCAAAAAUUGCAUCCGAGACUUUGAGAAGGAAGUGAAAGAAAGUCCGACAAGUGAGACUCUGGGUUCCUUCGUUUUCUUGGACCAAACGCGGUUUGAUCUCUCAGAUGAUACUACUAUUUUGGGAUGUACACUGUACUCGAAUAUCACACCCGAACAAUCGGAGCACGUGAGCUUUGGCUUGAACGACUUCUACCACAUCGAGGACUGGACUGUGGAAGACCAUUGUAAAGCACAUGCCGCAGAUCUCCGAUGGUUGAAUGACCAAGUCAAUUCGAUUUCCAAAAACGAAAGCAAUCGAAAGGUCAUCGUUUUGACACAUCAUGGUCCGACUAUCUCCCCCUGUUCCUCCGAUCCUGCACAUUCUGGGAGCAGGAUUUCUUCUGGUUUCAUGACGGAUCUGUCGAAUGAGAUAUGCUGGACGAGUCGCAAUGUGAAGGUUUUGGCGUUUGGACAUACGCAUUAUAAUUGUGAUUAUGUGGAUGAUGGGAAGAGGGUUGUUGCCAACCAGCGGGGAUACUAUUUUAAGCCUGCUGAAGGGUUUGAUGAGAAGAAAGUUGUUGAGGUCUGA